AUGAGCACAGGGAGAAACUAUAGCACCCACGGUCGUACGGAUCAUCGUGACGAUCCUUCUCGUUCUCGGGAUACCUUUAUUGAUCCUGCCGCUCAAGACUUAAGAUUCAGAGUAUCGUUCUCCCCUUCAUCAUCUACUGUAAACCUACAUGGAGGACAUGCCUCGAGAACGACUCUUAACGAAGAGCACCAAUGGACUGGAGAGGACCAAGAAUGCGAAUCAUCAUCAUGUCCUGAAGAUGAUGAGCAAGACUCUAGCCCGUGCCAUUCGGAGUAUAGUGACGAAGAGAAUAGUCACCUAUCUCAAUCUUUGGCUAAGAGGGAUCAAAGUCUCCCACAUCAACCCAAGCCUCGCAACUUUACGUUCUCUCGAAAUCAGAGUUCAUCCAGUGACAUCUCCCACAGGCCAGCUACCUCAAAAGCAAUAGCGAGGGGAGACGAUUCACCCACUUUACCCCCGAAUAAUCCUCCUAUCCUCCCUGUGUCUAUUUCGUCUUUGGAGCUGGCCCUCAUGAGCAGAAGCGCAGGCUCGACGAAAUAUUGUAGAAGAGCUCGGGUCCGUCCAAUUCCUCAAUGCAGUGAAAGGGGGUCGUCCGGCACACAGCAAGGAAGUGUUCCCGCGAGAUCCUCUAAAAUCUACCGUCAUCAACGGGCAGACGCAAGUGAUGGAGAAUUGACGGAAUUUUCGGAUGGAGAGUGA